AUGACCGCCGCUGGACGCCUCAGCUUCACCGUGCGCAGGCUCCUGGAUUUACCCGAGCAGGACACACAGCACCUGCGGAGGCGGGAGCCCGAGCUGCGCGCCCCGGGUCCCGGUCCCCGUCCCUCCUGGCCGGACCCCGAGCGCGGCCCCUACGUGUCCUCGGACAAGAGCAGCCCAGAGGCCAGCCCGCCCGACUCCUCGCAGCGGCCGCCCGCUCAGCCCGCGUCUCCGAGCUCGGACGCCGAGAAGAGGAAGAAGCGGCGGGUGCUGUUCUCCAAGGCGCAGACGCUGGCGCUGGAGCGGCGCUUCCGGCAGCAGCGCUACCUGUCGGCGCCCGAGCGCGAGCAGCUGGCGCGCCUCCUGCGCCUCACGCCCACGCAGGUCAAAAUCUGGUUCCAGAACCAUCGCUACAAGCUGAAGCGCACGCGCGCGCCGGGGGCCGCGGAGUCGCCGGACUUGGCAGCCGCCGCGGAGCUGAGCGCCGCGCCCGGCCUGCUGCGCCGCGUGGUGGUGCCGGUGCUGGUGCGCGACGGGCGGUCGUGCGGCGGCGGCGGCGGCGGCGGCGGCGGCGGCGAGGUGGGCAUGGUCGCCCAGGACACAACCGGCGCGCCCCCAGCCGCCGCCUACCCUCUGCCCGGCUUUGCCGCCUUCGGGCCCGGCUCGGCGCUCGGCCUCGUCCCCGCCUACCAGCACUUAGCGCCCCCCGCCCUGGUCUCUUGGAACUGGUGA